AUGACCGAAACUUCACCACGACCUACGAUCCAGCACGGCAACACAAUCCUCGUCAGACUACCCAACAACGACCUCAGGAGCGUUAAGGUAGAAAAGAAUACCUUAAGAUUCUACCACCAAAAACUUGGCAGGAAGUUGGUAUGUGAAGUUGGCAGGAGAUCCAGCCCAAGCGCUGAAGCACUUCCACCAGAGGAUACCGAUGCAACCAACGAACUCAUCAACGACGGAGAGUUCGUCCAACCGCUUACUGUGGAGGAGAUAAAAGCGUUAAAACAGUCGGGAGCCCAUUCCUCUGACAUCAUUCAAAAGCAAAUCGAAAACCACGCAAACUUCAACCUCAAAACAGAAUACAGCAAAGAGAAAUAUCUCAAGAGGAAAGAAGCAAAAUACUCGAAAUGCUUCACCACCGUCGAGCCAACACUGUUCAACGUCUGCGAGUACUGGUUUGAAAAGGACCAGUUCAGGAUACGAGAUAUCCGUAUGGAUACCUUGUCCCAAAUCCUCAACCUGGCUAAUGUUAGGCCUGGGGGACGGUACCUUGUGGUCGACGAUGCGUCUGGGCUGAUUGCUGCUGGUGUCUUGACCAGGCUGGGAGGGGAAGGUCGUCUACUGGCUAUCUGCGACACUGAAUCCCCUCCAGCUUUCCCUGUCUUCACCCAGAUGAACUUUGACCAAAAUGUGACGAAACCUCUCGCUUCUCUCAAUUGGGCGACCUCCCAAAAAGACUAUACACCAAUCGUACCCCCGUCAGAGCUACCGUCCGAAGAGAUUCGAUCUGAGCGACAGAAGUCGAGACUAAAGAAGCGCAAGGCCAUUAAUGAUCUGUUAAACAACACACGAGAGGACCUUUUCGCAGGCGAAUUCAACAGUCUAAUCAUCGCUUCAGAGUAUGACCCGAUGGUCAUUAUCGAACGCCUAUAUCCAUACCUCGCUGGAUCAGCGUCCAUCGUAGUCCACAGUCCCUAUGUCCAGGUUGUAGCUGACCUGCAAGCCAAGCUACGGAAUCAACCACAGUACCUAUUCCCUAGCGUAACAGAGGGUUGGCUACGACGCUACCAGGUUAUCUGA